ACUUUUUCCGCAAAGUCAGAUUUUCUUACCGCAACAUAAACACAGUGUAGAUUUUUGUGAAAAACUGUUCGAGAAUCAUGUUAUUUGAUCUAUAAAAAUCAAGUAAUUGUGUUCUUAAGUGAAGCCGAGCUCAGUAGUACCGAAAUAAUAGCAUCACGAACUGAAUUAGUGGCCAAAAUUAGUAACAUAUCGUGAAGGGUGUGUGUACGCUUUGUUGCUGUGUAUAAACAACAAUGGCCGAGACUUCGAACCAGCAACCAUCACAGCUAUCUUCUCCAGUAAUUCCGGUUAAAACUAUCAAGUCGGAGGGAAAGGUGAACACCGGCACGGAAAAUCAAGCUGGUUUCAUCUGUGGAGUUGUGGAGGGUUUUUACGGUCGGCCAUGGACGACCGAGCAACGAAAGGAUCUUUUCCGGAAGUUGAAGCAAUGGGGAAUGGAUUCUUACAUCUAUGCACCGAAGGACGAUUACAAACAUCGAGCUUACUGGAGGGAGUUGUACACGGUUGAAGAAGCGGACCACCUAACGGGCUUAAUUACUGCUGCUCACGAGCAAAACAUCAACUUUUACUAUGCUCUCUCGCCUGGGUUGGAUAUAACGUACAGCAGCAGCAAGGAGGUGGCAACCCUCAAAAGGAAGCUGGAUCAGGUAUCGCAGUUUGGUUGCAAAGCUUUUGCUUUGUUGUUUGAUGAUAUCGAACCGGAAAUGAGCAAACCGGAUAAGGAAGUAUUUCAGAGCUUUGCUUACGCUCAGGUUUCGGUCACUAAUGAAAUCUACAAUCACCUGAACUGUCCACGUUUCCUGUUCUGUCCUACUCAGUACUGCAGCUCACGAGCUGUUCCAACUGUAAAGCAAUCCGAAUAUCUCAAUACACUGGGAUCGAAGCUCAUUCAAAAUAUCGACAUCAUGUGGACGGGACAGAAGGUUAUAUCGAAAUUGCUGACCGUGGAAUGUAUCCAGGAGAUUACGGAAGUUAUUAAGCGGCCACCCGUUAUCUGGGAUAAUCUGCAUGCUAACGAUUACGAUCAGAAACGUGUCUUCUUGGGACCAUACUCGGGUCGAUCGCCGGAGUUGAUUCCCUUGCUACGUGGAGUCGUAACCAAUCCAAACUGUGAAUUCCAUGCCAAUGCCAUCGCCAUCCAAACGCUUGCCUUCUGGAGCAAGUGCAAUGCGGAUACUAAGAUCAGCUCGUCGAUUUCGUCCGAUAUCAAGCUGGAGACGGAAAACGAGGAUGGGAUCUGCCAGGAAGAUGCCCCGGCUUUCCUAUCGGAGCAUGUCUAUCACCCGAGGUUGGCGUUGAAAAAUGCCAUUGCCAAUUGGCUGCCGGAGUUCUAUCAGGAGAAGGAAGCGUGGGGACCGAUUAGUAAGCCGCAACCUGCACUUACAAUGGUAAUGCCGAUCAUCCCGAUCAUUCCUUCCGUUAACACCUGCAUGACGUUGACUUCGACCAACACGACAACCACCACCGCUAGUUCUUUAGCUGUUCCGGAAGUGAACACUACCCAGCUGCAGCUGUUCGCCGAUAUUUGCAGCACGGUGACGAGUGCACCGGAAAAUAUUCCUGCUCCCAUCAUGAACUCCCUGGUAUCGGCCACCAAGGUCGUUACGAAUGAUUCUCUGCCAAAUCCGGCAGCUGCUGCAGUCACAAACAUGUGCAUCCCGUCGACAAUUCCAAUUUCUAGUUUUCCAGUUCCAAUUAUGAGUAUCAAGCCUGCCGAGAGUGUAUACGUUGCUCCUGCUGCUGUUGCAGGGGACGGGUUGACCACCAACAAGAAGUCUAGUAAUGGUGAAAUUGAUACAGAUGUUGCUGAAAACAAAGGAAUGCCAUUGGAAGAGGAUGCGGUUAUUGAGAACGAUCUCGAGCAGAAAAAGCUGGACGAAUCGAGUGAAAAGCGGAAGUCCUCCUCGUCAGACGUUCCGCUGGUGGAGGACGAGGAGCUUAAGACUAAGGAAGAGAUAGAAGCAGACGAUGGUGAAGAGAAGAGCGAUUCGGAGGUCAAGAUGUUGGAUCUGGAGGAGAAUGAGGUGAAGAUGGUGGAUGCGAGUGAGGCAGAAGAGAAAAUGGCCGAUGGUGACGAGGUGGUGGUAAACCAGAUCAAGAUCAACGUUGAAGACGAGGACGUUAAGGUAGACGAAGUAUUCAGCAAUAGUCCCUGUGGAGGAGCGGGUGGGACUUGCGCGGAACCGAUGGAAUGUGGAAGUAACUUGACUUCUCCUAAACACUUGAUGAAGACGCAUUCUGACGAUGUGAUGAUGUCGGAAACUACUUCGACAUGUUCCGGAAGCAUGCAGAUUGAAAGUUCAGACACAUCUUUGACUUCUAACGCUGAAAUGAUCGAGCUCAAACUUUUCAGAAACGCCGCCGACAAAGACAUCGCAGUCACUGAUAUUAUGCUGCUCUGUGAUCUUUUCUAUCUACCCUUCGAGCACGGCAACAAAGCCCUCCAGCUGCUAGCCGAAUUCCAUUGGUUGAAAACGAACGCCGUUGUCCUUUGCAAGCACCGCAAUCGUAAGACCAGUUCAUCUAGUUGCUCCAAUCAAUCCAGCUGUGGAAACCCCGAGGACUGCAAUCAUCUCAACGGUACUGUUCCUGGUACCACCACGGUUACGACCGCUCAAUCGAAUGAGCAGCUCAUAGAUAGCUGCAAUAAGAGUGAGGUACAAGAGUGGAUUCGCCGAUCGGAGUCGUUUGAAAACCUCUGCCAGAACAUCUUCCAGUUGGCACGUAAAAUUGCCCGCUGUGCCAACAAGGAGCUGUGCUAUGAUCUGUUUUCAUACGUGUGGGACAUCGUCGCUGUACUGUCGCUGUUGAGCGCCUUUGUAAAGUGGCUAGCUUUGGGUCAUUUUCCUCCCACCAUCAACUCACAUACACAAGGAGGAUACACCUGGUUCAGCAAAGGGUGGAAGGAGACAUUCAUGUCAGGUGACCAGGAACCAUGGGUCUUUCGCGGUGGCUUGGUAGCAGACCUGCAGCGUCUCAUUCCGCUGGACGCCGGUAAUGACCUGUUUAUAUACAAACUUCCCGAAACGUCCACCAUCAAUAUGUACACGUUCCGCCCUUACUGUUACUCCGAUGAGACAGCUCUGUACAGUGUGUGUUAUCGCACCAUGCAAGAUGCUGAAGACUCCAUGAAAAGAUUGCCGGAUAAUCUACGUAAUGUGCUGGCGGAUCGCUAUCUAGGACCAUUUCUAACGCUUGCACCACAGUAUUGUAUGGUAAUCGAAGAUAACAGUGGUGAGAUCGUUGGUUAUGCUUGCGCCACGAUCGAUACAAAGAACUUUAUUCGCAAUCUCGAGCAAUGCUGGAUUCCGGAGAUGUGUCUCAAGUAUCCCCUCUCCCUCCUAAACGAAGUAGAUCCUGCGGAAAACGAGUCCCUGAAGCAACCUACCAACUCUCUGCCACAAGCGAUAUGCGACAGUAUUAUGUAUUUCCAUAACUUUAGUAAUGAAUACCCAGCCAAUGUUAGCAACUCGCAUCCAUCGGUGAUGUGCUGUCGCAUUCUGAAACCGCAUCUCACCGAAGACGAAACAAUAUCCAAACGGCUCAUAACAGUGUUACUGGCUGCACUGCGUACAAAUGGAUCCUCCUUUGGAGUUCAUGUGUGCGUCGCCAAGACCGACCACUUUAUGUACCAACUCUACGCCAAGCUAGGUUUUGUCGAAAUCUACCGGGACGAAUUCGAAGCAAAUCUGUACAUGGGACGCAACUUUUGAUAGACGAUGCGAUUCCCGUUCCGCUUCCGGUAAGUACAGAGCCAGCUUUUCUUCCCUCUUUCUGCGACUCAGCUGACGUGAAUUGCUUGGCGGUAGGCUGGAAACUAUGUUGUAGGUUAUAUGCUUCUUCAGAUAUUCAAGAAAAAAAGUGAUUUACCGAGGUUUGUCGAAAUAGUAGGUUUGCGGUAUGAUUGCAUGACUUUGCGGUUAAGCGUAAUAAACGAAGCCGAAUGUUCAGUUAUAUCUCGGAA